CGCCUAUUUACUUGAGUCAUUACUCUAGUUACUCCAAUUUUACGAUUAACCACUUACCAUAGCGAUAAUGAUUCAAAAGUUACACACACUUUUGGGCCACACGGACAAAGUGUGGUCGGUCUCGCUCCACCGGACGCUUCCGCUUGUGGCUACGGUCUCGUCAGAUAAGCAGUGCCGCGUGUACGACCUCGGUUCCGGGCAGUUGGUGACUGUACUCGACGACACACACAAGCGCUCAAUCUGCUCGGUAGCGUGGAAGCCUACGAGUGCUCUCGAAUUGCCCGCGCUCGCAAUGGGCUCGUUCGACGCCACCGUCUCCAUCUGGGGCCGGGAGGACCACGAGGAUACGGGCGACGACUGGAACCUCUUGGCCAUCAUCGAGGGUCACGAAAACGAGGUCAAGGGCGUGUGCUGGAAUAAAGACGGGUACUUGCUCGCAUCAUGCUCGCGCGACAAAUCAAUCUGGAUCUGGGAGACGGACGAGUCGAACGACGAGUUUGAGUGUAUCUCGGUCUUACAGGAGCACUCGCAGGACGUUAAGCACGUGACAUGGCACGGUGCCGAGGAUUUAUUGGCGUCGCUGUCGUAUGAUGAUACAGUCAGGAUCUGGCGGGAGGACGAUGACGACUGGAGCUGCGUCGCGGUGUUGAAUGGGCACACGGGGACGGUGUGGUGCUCGGACUUUGAAAUUCAGACGUCUCAAACCGCCAGGUUAGAGAGCGAAGCAAAUGGGGAAGCGAAUGGGGAAGCGAAUACGAAUGGUGUCGGGCGUGAAACCCGACUUGUGUCCUGCAGUGAUGACACAACUGUGCGUGUGUGGAACCGAGUCGCUAUCUCCAGCUCCUCGGCCUUCCGCACGAACGAACAGUGGGAACAGCAAUCGAUUUUGCCCCAGAUCCACACCCGAGCAGUCUACUCGGUCAGCUGGAGUCCGUACUCACCGCGUAUUGCAAGUACGGGGUCUGACGGUAAAUUGGCCGUGUAUCGUGAGUCGGCUGCGGGCUGGGUAGUGGAACUGGUGCAGGAGCUUGCGCAUGGAAUUUACGAGGUCAACUCGGUUGCGUGGGGGAGGCUGGGGGAGCUGGAGAUUUUAGUGACUGGGGGUGACGACGGGAAUGUUCAUGUCUGGAGUGUGAGCAAUUAAAUAGGUAAUGAAGGUAAAGAAAGGUUGAAUUGAGAUAGAGAAUUGAAGGCGUAUGAUAGAAAUGAAAUAUUCUGAAAUUUUACAUUACCUUCAGUAGUAAUAAUGCCGACAGAUAACACUAUGUUCAC